GAAUUACGUUGAAGUCUUUCCCUGGAUUCUCCAGGGUAUGAAUGAGUAAGAGCUGCAAUCAAACCAUCCAACACCUUUGUUUCAGGGUGAAGUUUUAAUGUUUUGCUGUCAGGAUGAAGAGCAGGAUCCCUGUCAUCCUUCUGGCCUGUGGCUCCUUUAACCCCAUCACAAACAUGCACCUGCGGCUGUUUGAGCUGGCCAGAGAUCACCUGCACCAAACAGGAAGGUACCAGGUGAUUGAAGGCAUAGUGUCUCCUGUUAAUGACAACUACGGAAAGAAGGGCUUGGUUUCAGCAAGGCACAGGAUAGCAAUGGCUAAACUAGCACUGAGGACAUCUGACUGGAUUCGAGUUGAUCCAUGGGAGAGUGAGCAGGAGACAUGGACAGAGACAGUCAAAGUAUUAAGGCACCAUUAUAAUGAAUCACUCAGAUUGCUCCAGUCCAAGAGGGAAUUCAUGGAAGACAAACAUCCCAAGGAAAGACCCACAGGGGAUUCCCUUUCUUGCCAGCACCCAGUUCUACCAGAAUUAAAGCUGCUCUGUGGGGCUGAUUUUCUACAGACGUUUAAGACCCCCAAUCUCUGGAAGGAAGAAGACAUCAAAGAAAUAGUGGAGAAGUUUGGUUUGGUCUGUAUUAGCCGGGCUGGCUCUGACCCCUCUCAGUUUAUCCGGGAAUCAGACCUUUUGACUCGAUUUCAGCACAACAUCUUCCUGGUGAAAGAGUGGAUUCAGAACGAAAUCAGUGCAACCCAGAUCCGCUCUGCCCUGUGCAGGGGGUUGAGUGUGAAAUACCUCCUGCCAGACCCUGUCGUAGCCUACAUUGCCCAGCACAACAUCUACACAGAGGAGAGCGAGAGGAGGAACGAGGGGGACCUGCUGCAACCUCUGAAACUGCACAGCCCAACAGCAACCUCUCUGAGGGACUGAUGGCUGGAGGGGCUGACCUCGACACACAGGGAGCUUUUC